GGAGGGAACCAGGGCCCAGCUGCCUUGCUCUCUGCUUCCGGUGAUUUCCAUCCCGACCCGAAGGCCGACUCACCCGCCCCUUCACAGCAAUGGACAUGUGGGCCCUCAAGCUGAAGGCAGGUGGGCCCUGCCUCACGCGGAGGCACCCCCUGCCGGCGUCGUCGUCCCCCUUUGCCGCCGCCGGUGAGAUCGGCUCGCUGGCUGUGGGGCAGCCGGCACGGUGGCCGAGGUUGGCGGUGAGCGCAUCGGGAAGGAAGAGCAAGAACAACAGGGAGGACGGCGACGAGGAGAUCAAGAACAAGGCCUUCACUUCCGGGAAAGGUGAUGCAUCUGCUCCCAGUGAAGAUGCUUCCAACCGAACGAGCCAAAAUCAUGGUGAACAAAAAUCAAAUGGCGCGAUGUAUAUACCUAGCAACUUAUCAUAUUGGCGAGAUGUGAGAGCAAGCUUUGUGAUUCCAAAGUUGGAGCAAACAGUAGACGCAAAUGAUCCACGGCAGACAGCUAAGGAUGGACUAGCAUACUGUCUUCCCCGGAAGUGGGCUCAUUCUAUUCCAAUGCCAGAGUCUGGGUGCGUGUUGGUUGCCACAGAAGAGCUUGAUGGUAACAGUACCUUUGAGAGAACGGUCAUCCUUCUCUUAAGACUAGGUUCAAGAGAUGCCUAUGAUGGCCCGUUUGGUAUCAUCCUGAACCGUCCACUGUACACGAAGAUGAAACAUGUGAACCCAUCCUUCGCCGAGCAGGCAACUCCGUUUGGUGAUUGCUCCCUCUUGUUUGGAGGCCCUGUCGAUAUGAGCAUAUUCUUGAUGAGAACUAAUGAUGCCAGACCCAUCAAGGGGUUUGAAGAGGUGGUACCAGGUGUCAGCUUCGGUUUCUGGACUCACCUGGAGAAGGCUAGCAUAUUCCUGAAGAAUGGUGCAGUUAAGCCUGAAGACCUGAAGUUCUAUGUGGGGUACUCAGCCUGGGAUCAUGAUCAGUUGUUGAGCGAGAUUGAUGCGGGAUACUGGGCUGUGACUUCCUGUAGCUCAGGCCUGAUAACCGACGCGCUGACAACAGAUCCUUCUUGCCUGUGGACUGAGAUAUUGCAGCUGAUGGGAGGCCAAUACUCAGAGCUGAGCCAAAAGCCAAAACAGGAUGGCCUGUAAACAUGGCCUAUUUGCUUUUCAGCAUAGUUAGUUUGCCACUGUUGAUGUGGUCAUUUUGUACAUAAUUGACAAGUUGACCUGGCUUGUAGCCAGUGUAAUCACUCUGGUCUAAGUAGUUGCGUCUGGGGACUGCUUUACUUUCUUUCAUUUGAUAGUGAGAGAACGAUGUGGCACAUGAGCAUGUGUAGUUUGUUA